AUGUCGUUGUUCUGGUGCCAGAAGGUCACCGCGAAGAAGGAGGCGGCGUUCGUGCCGCCUCCCGUCGCCGCACGCCUCCACCUCUCCCAGGCUGUGCUCGCGAAGGACACCAAGAGCGGCGCCACCGUCCGCCUCGCCGCGCACGUCACCCCCGACGACGACGAGGACAGCGACGGGCCUCCGCAGACUGCCGCGGACGAGGGCGAAACGGUCGUAGUGUGCGCCCUCACCCCGCAGCAGCCGGCGGCGGCCCUCGACCUCCUCUUCGACUCGUACACGGAGUUCACCGUGAUCGGGCCCGCGGACGCCGAGGUCCACCUGACGGGGUACUAUUUGCCGGUAGAAGAGGAAGAGGAUGAGGAGGACGCGCGCGGCGCGGACCCGACGAUCUUCGACGACGACAGCGACGACGAGGACUUCUUGGUGGGCAACUACGGCGGCGACGGCGACGCAGGGCCGGGGGUGCCUCGACUGGCGGAUGGCACUCCCGUGCGCCACGUGUCGAUCGAGGACCUGGAUAGCGACCAGGAGAUGGGGAGCGAGGAGAUCGACAGCGACUUGGCUGGCUCGGACGACAGUGACGACGAGGACGACGACAGCGACGACGAGGACGACGAGGACGAGGGCGGAGCCCAGCGCCCUAACGUUGUCAUUCAGGAGCUCGGGCCGGACGGGAAGCCGGUCGAGGAGAGCAGCGACGAAGAGGAGGAGGGGGAGGACUCCGAGGACUCCGAGGAGGAGGACUCCGAGGAGGAGCCCGAGCCCGCGCCGCAGCCUUCGAGCAAGAAGCGGCCAGCGGCGGCACAGCCUGCGACAACGCCCGCGAAGAAGGCGGCCCUGAGCACGCCCGCGAAGGCCGACAAGACGCCCGCGAAGGCCGACAAGACGCCCGCGAAGAAGCCCGACAAGACUCCUGCGAAGAAGGAGACGGGCGGACAGGCUGAGGAGGGCACUCCUGGGCGGCUGGGCAAGGGCAUGGUUCGCGAGUUCGACAACGGGUUCAAGAUGGAGGCGAUGGAGGUGUCGCGCGACCCUGCGGCCAAGGUUGCGAAGCAGGGCAAGCGCGUGGUGGUCAAGUACGUGGGCAAGCUGCAGAAGACCGGCAAGGUGUUUGACCAGACGCGGGGGAAGGCGACCUUCACGUUCCGUCUCGGCGUCGGCGAGGUCAUCAAGGGGUGGGACCGCGGCGUGGCGGGGAUGCGCGUGGGGGACAAGCGGAGGCUGACGGUGCCCCCGCAAAUGGCGUACGGCAGCAGCGGCGUGAAGGGCGCCAUCCCGCCGAACUCGACGUUGAUGUUCGACGUGGAGCUCGUCGACGUGAAGUGA